GAGAGAGAGAGAGAGAGAGACAAACAGACAGACAGACAGACAGACAGACAGAGACGGAGAGGAGCUAGGGAAAUUGAGAAAUUGAGCGGAGUGUCCCAGAGAGUGGAAGAGAGGAGAACUGGAAAAAGAGACACAUGCUAGCCACCGAGAAAGAGAGGAGAGAGCUCUGCUGUCAGAAGACAGAAGAUUCCAGAGAGAGUAGCCCCUGGCUUCUCUACUUUCAGACCAGCUGUGCUUUCAGACCUAAAGGCCCUUCACCACCAUAAAGGCCAUAUUCCUCUGGGACCAAAAGCAGUGUUUAUUAUUUUUUGGAAAACAAAGUUGCUGUGGAGAUGACUUGUGGGUUAAGGAGAGGCCUCUCCGGACUGUAUUGCCUCUGACCACCACCCACCUCCUCCCUUUCCUUGGAGCUCAGGCUGGGAGGCCCCACUCUCCUGCUCUUCGGUGGACAGUCUGUUGGGGCAUCUUAUGCUUCCAGGAUCCCCAGUUUGCAAAUUCAGCUCUGGAGUCCAGCAGCAGCAAGAGCAGCAGCAGCAAGAGCAACAGCAGCACUGGCAGCAGCAGAAGGAAAGCCUGCCCAUACUCCAACCCCCACACCUCUCCCUGUUAUUCCUCAGUUUCAGAGGCAGCCCCAGUUGCUUGAACUCUCCCAGCUAUGUUGGACCCUGAUGUUCCCAGAGGUCCUGAUCCCACAGCUAUAUGGCCCCCUAGCGCCAGGGGAGCCUGAGUGCUGCCUGGAGAGAGGUCUCUCCUCUUUCUGCAGCCCCUGUCCCAUUUUCUAGGGACCAUGAGUGGGGGUAAGAAGAAGAGCAGUUUCCAGAUCACCAGUGUCACCACAGACUAUGAAGGUCCUGGGGGAUCUGGGGAAGGUGACUCCCCUACAGCUUUGGUUUCCACCUUGCCCACACCUCGUCUUCCCAAUGGGGAGCCUAGCCCAGAGCUGGGAGGCAAGGGGACCCCUCGAAAUGGCUCCCCACCCCCUGGGGCCCCAGCUUCACGUUUUCGUGUGGUGAAGCUUCCCCAGGGAUUAGGGGAACCAUAUCGCCGAGGGCGAUGGACAUGUGUGGACAUUUAUGAGAGGGAGCUGGAAGCCCCUGGACUCAGCCGACUCCUAGAGGGAGUUCGGGGAGCCACUGGAGGGACUGGGGGUCGCUCUUUGGACUCUAGGCUAGAGUUGUCCAGUUUGGGCCUGGUUCCCCCAAACCCCCAGCCUCAGGGCCCAACCAGUUGGCUUCGCCCACCCCCAACUUCCCCUGGCCUUCAGGCCCGAUCUUUCACAGGGGGGCUAGCCCAGCUGGCAGGGGGCAAGGGAAGGGCUGAAACCCCACCCCUUCCAACUUCCCCACCCCAGCAGCAGCCCCCAGAGCCCAGUGAUGGGGACAGUACAAGGGUACUGGCACAACAUGCCUCAACUCAACUGCCUACCCUUCGGGUUGAGGCAGAGGGAGGGACCCCAUCAAUGACUCCUCCAACUACCCGAAAGAAGGAUGGACCCCGGUGGCUGAGGAAAGAAGGGGAGGAAAAAGGCCAGCUCCCUCUCCGAGGCUCCCGCCCAGGGUCCCCAGCCUUCUCCCUCCUCCAGGAUGCCAAUCCCAACCGGAAAUCCUCAGACCCUUUUGGGGCCUCUGUUCAGCGCUUGAGUCUGGCUCGAUCUAUGCUUGCCAUUGGUAGCCCCCUUGAUGGUGAUGAUGACAGUGGCUCUGGAAGUAUGGUUGCCAUUGACAACAAGAUUGAACAAGCCAUGGACUUGGUGAAGUCCCACCUCAUGUUUGCUGUUCGGGAGGAGGUGGAGAUCCUGAAGGAACAGAUCCGAGAACUAGCUGAACGAAAUGCGGCCCUGGAGCAAGAGAAUGGAUUGCUCCGGGCUCUGGCCAGCCCUGAACAGCUGGCCCAACUUCCGGUCUCUGGGAUCCCUCACCCUGGACCCCUUGCCCCAAAUGGACCCUCCUCAUGAGCCUCCCUUCCCUCACAAUGUGCCUUUAAGGGCCGUCUCUGGGAUGGAGACCUCAGCAUCCUAGAUUCCCAGGCCUUUUUGCCUUCUCUUCCUAUGCAGCUUUAAUGUCAUGAGAGGUGGUGAUAGAGGGUUCAAGGUUGAGUCCAGAUUUGUCUUCCCCCCUCCUCACCUUCCACCAGACCCAAGGGGCUGGGCCAAUUUUCCCCAAAGGCCUGAGGGGCUGGGCCAGAAUAUACCUAGGCCUGGAUGGGGUAGGGUUUCAAGGUUGGAGUACAAGAUGGAGCCCCUACCUCUGAAAGUGGGCUCCCAGUCAGCCUUUCCCUUGCCAUCCCUCUGAAUGGUAAGUGCCCCACCUCCCCUAGUUCUCCAAGUAUCUGGCAGCCCCCAGAUCAGGAGGACCCAGAGGGAGCAGGGUACUUCUAGGCAGAGACCACUUCCCUAUCUCUCAAAGUCCCUCCGUUGGGUUCAGCCAAGAGAGGGGAUAUAGGCAGUGUCCCAAGGUUCUGGGAUUCAGGUUGUUAUUAAAAUAUUAUAAUAAAAAAUCAGAAGAAACUUG